AGGCCGAGAACGAGGACGAGUGCGAGUGCGAGUGCGAGGACGAUGGACGAAGGACGAAGGACGAGUCGAAAGCCGAUUUCGGUUUUGAGUUCGAGGAGAGCCAAAACGCAGCGCAGGAGCAAAGGAAUGUGGCCAACAAACGCUGUGCCGUUAGCCGGCGUUUUUUGGCGCCUACAGCUCGCCGAUUUCAUUUCAGCCGUUUUCUCUGCCGUCGGUUCUCCGUUCCAUUCUCGGUGCUCGGUACUCGGUUCUCCAUUCUCGGUGCUCGAUUCUCAGCCGCGACGCGCUGCCACCGUCGCAUUUUCCUUUGCAACGCAACGCCGGCAGAGCGGAGCGGAGAAACUGGCGAACUCGCCUCGCAUUUCGCGAACUAUUCGCAACUUCGUCGCGAACUCAGUCGCAGCCUGAGAGCAACAACUACAAAAAGCAGCAGAAGGCAGCAACAGCAACAGCAGCAGCAGCAGCAAAUUGCUGCAACAUCAACGUAGCCGUAGCGGUAGCCCCUCGGCGACCCUCAGUUUUCCACAUCGUCUCGUGGCCAUCGUCGUCGUCGUGUGUUAAGUUUGUUUUGAGUUUUUCCGUAUCAAAAUGUGCAAAACGAUUUCAGUCUAAUUCAGACGCUCGUGCUGAGAAGACUUUUGGCCCUGUUUGUUGGCCAAUAUAUCCAUAGAACACUGAACACUGAACACAGAACGGAACUGAACUAACUGAAUACGAUACACGAGGCAGACGAGUACCGAAACGAACUGAAAGAACGAGGCGGGCUAAUUGCCAAAUGGCCACGUAGUGCGCGUAACGUAACGAAUACGUAAAACACACACAUACCAACAAAACACACACACACACAGGGACAAACACACACCUACACACACACACAGAUACUCACAUGUACAUGCCCACUCUCAGUUGAGCGUCGUAAUUGUCGCGGUUUUUUCAAUGUUUUUUAACGCCAUGUGAAGAGCGAGUCGCGUAACGAAACGCGUUUCAACGUUUAACGAUCGCCGAUCAACGAUCAACGAUCUGCGAUCAGCUGUAGACAAAAUGGCGUCGGCGCAGGCGGAAGCGAAAGUUGGAGUGGCGCCCGAACAGGGACCAGUGGCCCAGAGGCAGCGCAAAGGUUCGGGAUCGGGCACAGGUUCGCCGAAGAGCAAUCGCAGUUCACCCACGCAGCAGGAUGAGAAGCGCACGAAGAGCGAGGAUCGCACUUCUCCCACUGGCGGAGGUGGCCCCUCGUCCAAGGAGGAGGAUAAGGAAACGACAGGACACGCAGGAGGAGGAGGAGGAUCUUCGCCGGUCAGUUCGCCGCAGGGCAGGAGCUCCUCGGUGGCCUCGCCCAGUUCGACCUCCCAGCAAUUCUGCCUGCGCUGGAACAACUACCAGACCAACCUAACCACCAUCUUCGAUCAGCUGCUCCAGAACGAGUGCUUCGUGGACGUGACACUGGCCUGCGAUGGUCGGUCCAUGAAGGCCCACAAGAUGGUCCUCUCCGCCUGCUCACCCUACUUUCAAACCCUACUGGCGGAGACGCCCUGCCAGCAUCCCAUUGUGAUCAUGCGGGAUGUGAACUGGUCGGACCUCAAGGCCAUCGUGGAGUUCAUGUAUCGCGGCGAGAUCAACGUGAGUCAGGACCAGAUCGGACCCCUGCUCCGGAUAGCUGAGAUGCUGAAGGUGCGCGGCUUGGCGGAUGUGACCCACAUGGAGGCGGCCACGGCUGCAGCGGCGGCGGCCUCCUCGGAACGGAUGCCCUCGCCCAAGGAGGGCACCUCCGCCUCCAGAACUGAAAACGAACGGGAGGCGGAGGAGCUGCUGGCCUUCAUGCAGCCGGAGAAGAAGCUGCGCACCGACUGGGAUCCCGCCGAGCUGAGGCUCUCGCCGCUGGAGCGGCAGCAGGGCAGGAAUGUGCGGAAGAGGCGGUGGCCCUCGGCGGACACGAUCUUCAAUCCCCCCGCACCGCCCAGUCCGCUGAGCAGUUUGAUAGCCGCCGAACGGAUGGAAAUGGAGCAGAAGGAGCGGGAGCGGCAGAGGGACUGCUCGCUGAUGACACCGCCACCGAAGCCACCACUGGGUGGUGGUGCCUCAGUGGCAGUUGCAAGUGCCGCACGUCGUCUGGAGACCGCCAUCCACGCUUUGGACAUGCCCUCGCCGGCUGCCACACCAGGACCCCUCUCCCGAUCCUCGCGGCCCCACUCGCAGAGUCCCCAGCAGCAGCAGCAACAGCAGGGGCAGCAUCCCUUGCCGAUGCCCCUGCAUCCCCACCACCAUGCACCACCCGCCCCCCAUCCCUCGCAGGCACCUGGAGCCGCCCACCAUCCGCCAUCGCCCGCUGGAGAUUCCCGUUUUUCCUUGGGACCCGCUGCGGCCAUGGCAGCGGCCAUGGAACUGAGUGGCCUGGGGCAAGGACCGCCCACCGAGCCACGCCUACCGCCCCCACCGCCGCACCACCACGGAGGCGGAGUGGGUGGUGGUGGAGUGGGUGGAGGGGGCGGCGGGGGAGUGGGCUCGGGCGGAGGAUCGUCGCUGGCCGAUGACAUGGAGAUCAAGCCCGGCAUCGCCGAAAUGAUCCGAGAGGAAGAAAGGGCCAAGAUGAUGGAGAACUCGCAUGCUUGGAUGGGCGCCACCGGCUCCACGCUGGCAGCAGACAGCUACCAGUACCAGCUGCAGUCGAUGUGGCAGAAGUGCUGGAACACCAACCAGAACCUGAUGCACCACAUGCGCUUCCGUGAGCGAGGUCCUUUGAAGUCCUGGCGGCCCGAGACCAUGGCGGAGGCCAUUUUCAGUGUGCUGAAGGAGGGCUUGUCGCUGUCGCAGGCUGCCCGCAAAUAUGACAUCCCGUAUCCCACAUUCGUGCUCUAUGCGAACCGGGUGCACAACAUGCUGGGUCCCUCCAUCGACGGUGGGCCGGAUCUGCGGCCCAAGGGGCGUGGCAGGCCGCAGAGGAUUCUCCUGGGCAUCUGGCCCGACGAGCACAUCAAGGGUGUCAUCAAGACGGUGGUUUUCCGCGACACCAAGGACAUUAAGGACGAUAGCCUGGCCGCUCAUAUGCCGCCCUACGGUCGACAUUCGGACCUGCCGCUGAGCUAUCCCGGCGCAAGUGGCGCCCUGGCAGGCACGCCCAGCUCAUUGGCCUGUCCGAAUGGCAGCGGUCCGCAGGCGGGAGUGGGCGUGGGUGUGGGCGUGGGCGGUGAGCAGCACAUGUCGCAGGAAACUGCCGCUGCGGUGGCCGCCGUGGCCCACAACAUCCGGCAGCAGAUGCAGAUGGCAGCCGUUCCGCCGGGCCUAUUCAACCCCCCCCACCCCGGAGUGGGUGGUGGCGUGGGUGUGCCGGGAGCGGGCGGAGGCAGGGCCAGCAUAUCGCCGGCCUUGAGCAGCGGCUCCGGCCCAAGGCACGCCCCAUCGCCCUGCGGUCCCCUCGUCCCGAAUCUGCCGCCCAGCAUGGCCAUCGCCUUGCACCACCAACAGCAUCAGCACGGGGAAAGAAGACCUUGUGGCUGUCCUUUUGGUCCUUGGCCAUGCCCCCACCAUCAUCAUCAACAGCAGCAGCAGCACCACCAUCAGGUGGGCGGUGGCCUGCCCCACAAGUCCGGUUUCGGCGCCAGUUCCAGUUCCUCCGCCUCCACCUCGAUGGGCCAGCAUGCGCCCAAGGCCAAAGGCAGUCCGCUGCGCAGCGAAACUCCGCGGCUCCACUCGCCACUGGGCGACCUUGGCCUGGACAUGGCCGGCUACAAGCGGGAAUUCUCGCCCAGUCGCCUCUUCGCCGAGGAUCUGGCUGAACUGGUGGGCGCCAGUGUCUCAUCUUCCUCGUCUUCAGCGGCCGCGGCAACAGCUCCGCCGGAGAGAUCGGGGGGAGGGGCGUCGGCAGCAGCGGGAACAGAUGCGCCCAGUUCCUCGAGCAGCGGUGGCAUCAAGGUGGAACCCAUAACCACCACCAGCGAGUAAAAUGGGCACGAAAUGAGGAAAAUUAUAAGGGAAAGUUAUAAAAUGAAAAUGAGUGAACUGAAAACUUAAGCUCCAGCUGCUUUACUUCACAUAUGUACACCUAUACCUUGGUUAGUUAACUACAUUUACAUUAAAUAUUGUUUUAAAAUAGAGAACAACUUUUGCUCAAAAUUAUUUUAAGUUGAACUUCAUUUUGCACAAAAAACAAUCUAUGUAAGCAACCAGUUCAUAUUUGAAUUAAUAUGAAAUGCAGGAUUUUUUUAGUAAAUAAAAUUAUUCCAUUUAACGAGAUCAAAUCCUAUUAUACAUAAUAUAUAGAAGUGUUUGUUUAAUUCCAUGAAAAAUCGUGGCUUUGAUUAUAUUCGCAUUUCGAAUAUGUAAAUAAACUAGAUGUAAACGAUAAAUAAAUUUUCAAGUUUUCUCCUAAUCUUCGGUAUUUAACAUUCAAAAUUUCCUAUACAUGAUAUUCAAACGAAUUUAAACCUAAGCUUUAAAGAUACUUUUCUUAAAAUAUUUUAAAAUGUACGUUUAAUUUGACUAGUCCAAGGUAUACGUAUAUAUUUGCCAGUUUUCCAUUAGGUUCCACGCGAUCUUCGUCACCUAAUUUAUAUUCCUAGCGUACUUAUUGAAUCAAAAUUUGAAAGUAUUAUUAUGUUAUAGUCCAGCAGUCUAACUAAAUAAAUAGCGAUCGAUCUCUUUAGUUGUAAGUUACAGCAGAGGUGGAAAGAGAAAACCAGGAACAUUCCAAAAACCAUCCGAAACAGAUAAUGAAAUUUCAAUUCAAACCGGAACCGAAACCAAUACCAACUCCAGCAGCAUAUUAAUUAGGUGUAAAAGAAAUCAAAAGAGUUUAAGCGAUUUAGCUUGGUGAUUGUGUGCCCAAAUUUUGUUAGGUCUAUAAUUUAUAUAAAACGAGAAGAAAAAUGUACAAAAUUAUAAAAGAAAAUGAGAAGCACUUGUAAUGGCUUCGAACGCAAAUGGAAUCAACUAAAUUUAAUGUUUAGGCUUAACGAAAAAAAGAAAUUCACAAAAAAUGCCUUUCGGAAUUAAAUUCAGCGAUGAACACACCGCAAACAAAAUUUGUAAAAAGAAUGAAUCAAGAAAAACACAAGAGAACUUUUUUAAACGUAUUUAUACAAGCAAAAUUUUUAGACAAAAUUUAGAAUCCAAAUUUUGUAUAACGACUACUGCUGCGAUCCGGAAGAACUUGUGGCCUCUGAUUUGAAAUUAUUGGCUCCCCAACGUAUACCCUGAGAAUAAAUUCCUUUAAUUCCCUUACUAGUCCCCUUCUAAAGUGCCUUUUCUAGCCUUAAUUUGGACUCUGCUCCACUUCUGUCCCGGCCCAAAAAUCAGUCCGCAGAUACGCAGCAGGAUUCGUUGGUUUAUUUGAAAAGUCUGGCGACAUUAUACGGAUUGAAUAUCGAGAGGACAUAUAUAUUUUGGUUGACCCCUUUAGGCAUACUUUCGGCACCGUUUCGUUUGGCAAGCACACAAUUGAUUAAUCGGACAAGAGUUAAUUACGAUAAUGGAUAAACACAACUAUUUUUGCAUACGCAAGAACAUCUACCAUAGCCAUAGCCCGUAUAUACACACACGAUAUAUAAGUAUCUAUGUAAUCCCCAGUCCCCCCAAUAGACUUUGAUGUUCCACACGUAUCGAAAACUUAACGAGUUACUUUCGGAAUAGGAUGUAAUAUAAACAAUGGCAAAAGUUAGCAGUUAAACAUCUCCUGGAUAUGUGUAUCUUUGUACGAUCUGGACCAGUGUCCAAGUCCAAAACUCAACAUUUUCUAUCAACUUUAGUGCAAACUUUAUGUUCAAAUUAACUUUAAAUGUCGAAAUGAAUGUUCUAAUUAAUCCAAGAAAACAAAAAAUCGAAAAAUGGAAAAUCGAAACGAACAAAAGUAUUUUAUAAAAACAUUGA